AUGGCUAAAGGAAAGAUUAAAGGGUUGACUCCUAACGUGAUAUCCUACAUCCAAAAGAGCUUCACCUACUGUGUUAACCAAAACAAGGGCCAGCCAUCCUCAUUACUCGAAGGGCUCACCUCUAUCGUACCACACGCGUUUGGCAAACACGAUAACUGCAGCAAUUCCUGGUGUGGAUACAAAAAAGACCCUGAAGGCUACAAGCACGGAAGUCUUCCAGGAGGCAAGGACCUGACGGGCGAAGAUUUACGUGCAACCUUGGAAGAAGCUAUUCGACCAUUUCUUUCUCAUGACUCCGUGAAAAAGCUGGCCAGCGGGCUCAUCAUCACAGAAAAUGAAAGUGUAAACAGUUCCAUUGGCUCGAAAGCGCCGAAAAUAAGACAUUAUGGAGGCUCGCAAAGCAGCGACUUUAGAACCGCUGCAGGAAUAGCUCAGUUUAACAAAGGGAACAGAUAUCUGACAUUAGCCACGGAAAAAAUGGGUCUGGCACAGACGCAUAUCACAGAACAGAACACCGACAAAAUUGACAAGAAAAGGAAAAGGGAUGGCGAGCGAAAGUCAACAAAAGAGUUCAAAAAAGCGAGAAGAAACUCUCGAAAGAAAAAGAAUCAAAAGACCAAUUCUGCUGAGAAACGCGAGUCAGCAACGUACGAGACAGGGAUCGGCUGGCAACAGAGCGACAAAGAGAAAGCCGCCAUCACGAAUGCAACCAUGAACGAUCUAAAGGCAUGUCUGACAAAGGAGGAGUUUAGUGAUUAUACCGAUGAUCUCCCAAAAAUCCAACGAAGGGAACAGCCAGGAAGUCUCCGAGUUACCUGUAAUCCAACAACGUUCACGUUUUCUUCAUUUGGCCCUCGACAUAGAAACAACAGGUCUAGACCGGAAAUCGGAUAUUCUGCAGAUUUCAUGCAUUCCACCAAAUGCUGAAACCAAAUCAUUUUCGGUAAACCUUUUUCCAGAAAAUCGAAUUAUUGGCCAGUCAGCGACGCAAGUCCACGGUAUAAGUGUAGAGUUUUGUAAGGGCAGAAAAACAUUAUUGAGAAGAGGGAAAGAACUGGAGGCCGUAUCGCAAACUCAGGGUCUCAGUGAUUUUUGCAGUUUCCUAAAACAGCAGUCCCGUUCCUUCCAAGUUGUCCUUAUUGCACACAAUGGUGAAAAGUUUGACUUCCCAGUUCUGAUCAAUGCUCUGAGAAGGAACAAUCUCCUUGAAUUGUUCCUGGCUACUGGUGUUGUCCUUGUGGACUCUCUAAAGAUUGUUUCGACAGAAAUGAAGCAGAAAGGUAGCCCUUUGUAUUCCUGCAAGAGCAAAUCUUUGUCCGACGUUUACGAAGUUUUACUGAAAGAAAAGUUUGAUGCACAUGAUGCACAAGAAGAUGCUACCGCCUUGUCGCGUAUUUUAUUUCAGUCCCCUCUGCAAUUAUCUGUUGAAAGAAUUCAGACGCACGCAGUUCCUGCAGAACUGUUCGUAAAAAAAAUGAACUCAGCACAAGAGGCAAAAUCCCGAAAGUCCACGCUGCAUCGCCUCCCGGUCUCCGAAGGGAUGAAGGAGAAAAUGGGAAAGGCCGGGCUUGACUACGAAACAAUGCAGGGUGUUUACAAGAAAGGUGGAACGAAAGCUCUGUUAGCGGUG